CGCCUGGUGCGGCGCUGCUGCUGCUGGGACCUGGGGACCUUCCUCCCUCCUCCCGCUGCCACCCCGGCCUCUCUGCUGCAUCCAGCUGGGAAAGUGGCCCUGGCCAGAGCUCUGCCUCCCACCCCUUUGGCUCUGAUCCAUAUUUCCAACCUUUUGGGCCGGGCGGAUGGAUUCUCAGUCAGGGAAGAGGUGGAGGAAGGUGGGAACGCGGAUAAAAUGAUCGGGGAACUGAUCGAAACGGCCUCGAGCCCCCAGGAACUGUUCCAGCUGAGUGAGCUCCAUGCUCUGAACAGCAACCAGGCUUCCCUGGUCAUCACUCAGCUCUCCAGGCUGGCCGUGGAAAAAAAACUGGACACUGAAAAUAUUCUUCGGGAUGAACGUUUCCAACAGCUCCUGGGGCUGACGGAUUCCCAGAUCUCCCAGGUGUGGAACAACACCCUGCAAGGCAAGGAGAGCAAGCUGCUCCAGGAGGUCCUCAAGAAGCUGGAGCUACGUUGGACUGAGCUCGAGGGCACCAGGACCGUGGUGAUGCUGAUGAGCAAGGUGGGACACGUCUCACCGGCGCUGAUGGACCGGCUGGAGGACAAGGCUCUGGAACUUGCUGAGCAGUUUGGUCCCGAGGACAUCCGGAAAAUCACGUUGGCCUUGGCCUACCAGCGCCGGCGCUGCAUCCCGCUGCUCCGAGCCCUCUCCUACCACCUCCUCCAGAAGCACUCAGAGCUCAGCCUCAACGUCCUCACAGACCUGAUCUUUGCCUAUGGAAAACUGAAUUUCCACCAGCCCCAGGUGCUCCAGAAGGUGGCCUCUGACCUGCAGCCCCACCUCCCCACCAUGACCCCCCUGGAGCUCACGCGCUGCACCCGAUCCUUUGCCCUCCUCAAGUGGCUCAGCCUGCCCCUCUUCGAGGCCAUUGCCCAGUAUGCCCUGGACAAUGCCCAGCAGCUCCCAGUCACCCACCUGUGUGGGAUCAUCAUGUCUUUUGCUCGCCUUAACUUCCAGCCCAGUGGAAAUGAGGACUUCUUCUCCAUGGUCCAUAAGGUGCUCCAGGCCCAGCUGGACCAGCUGGAGCCCCAGCUGCUGACAGAGCUGGUCUGGUCCCUGUGUGUCCUGCAGCAGGGCAGGGCUCCCUACCUGCAGCGGGUGCUGGCGCCGGAAUUCCACGCUUGGAUCCGAGAUGAUCAGUCCCUCAAGGCGCAGAACCUGAGGCUCAAGCUGGUUCACAUCAACACCACAGCCAAGCUGGAGGUUCCCGAGUACCAGGGGCCGUUCCUGCCCCCCGAGAUGCUGGUGUCCCCAGAACGGGUGGGGGACAAGGUGACCCUGCUGCAGAGCAGCCUGAGGGAGGCUCUGCUGGGGCCUGGGCAGCGGAAGGAAGGAAGGAAGGAUGUGGGGGUGGUCUCGGGAGUCCCUGUGUCCCCUCCUCCCCCUGCAGAUGCCGAGGUGGUGGUGAACAGUGAGAACAAACCUGUGCCCCUGAGGGACUUUGCUGCCCCCCACCUGCCCCGCUGCGAGGGGACGGAGCCGCUGCCGCCGGGCGCCCGGAGGGUCGCUUUCCUCCGUUGGGAAUUCCCCAAUUUCAGCAACAGAAGCAAAGAGCUGCUGGGCCGUUACGCCAUGGCCCGGCGCCAUCUCCAGGCCGCCGGGUUCCUCCUGGUGGACGUUCCUCACUACGAGGUCCUGGAGCUGAAGCAGGAGCGGCAGCGCUGGGCCUACCUGAGGGACAAGCUGAACAAGGCCGUGGCCAGGGAGCUGGCAGCCUGA